AUGAUUUUAGGCCAAUUGCUUGCUGCAAUGUUCUUUAUAAAGUCUGCUUUUGUUCCUGGGAGGAAAAUUGGGGACAGCAUUAUGCUUGCUCAAGCUUUAUUCAGGAAUUAUCACUUAAAUUCUGGACCUUCCAGAUGUGCCUUCAAGAUUGACCUCAGGAAAGCAUUUGACUCCAUUAGUUGGAGUUUUAUCAGCUCUGUUCUAUCUUUAAUGGGAUUUCCUCCUGUUUUCAAGGACCUUAUCAUGACUUGUAUUUUUGGCAGCAUGUUAUCAGUCAAAAUUAAUGGUGCCAUAGAGGGUUUCUUUGCUGCAGGUUCUGGUCUUAGACAGGGGGAUCCUUUAUCCCCCUAUUUGUUUGUCCUCUGUAUGGAAAUCUUAAGAUCAUGUCUGGAAAAGCACACUUCUUUGCCUGAUUUUAAACACCAUUGGCUUUCAAAGGACUUAAAGAUUACCCACAUCUCUUUUGCAGAUGACAUACUUAUGUUCUGCCAUGGAGAUAGUGUCUCUGUUGACAGGCUCUUGGCUGGUCUUAAUGAAUUCUCUCAUUGUUCUGGUAUGAGAAUUAAUUCUGCAAAAAGUCAAUUCUUUAUUUCCAAUGUUGAUGAUGGUCUUAAGCACCAUAUUCGUGUAAGCACUGGUUUUUCUGAGGGCUCCUUACCUGCUAAAUAUCUUGGCUUGCCACUGAUCUCUACCAAGUUGUCCAUGAGAUGCUGUUUGCCUCUUAUUGUUAGAGUCCAAAAUCGUAUUGAUAGCUGGCUUAACACCUGCCUUAAUCAAGCUGGUCGACUGCAAUUAAUCAAAGCUGUUCUAUUUGGUCUCCAAGGUUACUGGUCUGCUCACUUACUUCUGCCAAAGUCUGUGCUUAAAAAGCUUCAAUCAUUAUUUGUUAAAUUCCUCUGGGGAGGUUCCUCUGAUAAUCAUAAGGUUGUCAAGGUAAAAUGGUCGGAUUGCUGCUUUCCAAAAAUUGAAGGAGGUCUGGGCUUAUAUGAUCUUUGUCAAUGGAACAAUGCUGUAUUUCUCUUUCAUUUGUGGAGGAUUACUCAGCCUGAUAAUAAUUCCCUUUGGAUUAUGUGGUUCAAACGUACUUACCUCAAGCGUAGAGCAUUCUGGACUAUGGAUUUCCCCAAGAAUGCUCCUUGGUGCAUUCGGAAAAUCCUCCAACUCAGGCCUCUUGCCCUCAGAUUUAUCAAUUAUCAUGUUGGAGCUUCUUCAAAUUUUUUGCUUUGGCAUGAUCCUUGGGUAAAUAAUAAGCCUCUUCUCUCCUAUUGUCACCCAGAUGUCAUCUCAUCCUCUAACUCGAGACUAUUUGAUAAGGUUGCUUCUUUCAUGUCUAACUCCUCUUGGCUCCUUCCUUCCUCUAAUCACUUGGAUGUUAUUCAGUUGAGAAGUUUGAUUGGAAGUAUUCCAAUUCACAGUCGAGAUAGUAUUACUUGGAUGAACUCAGCUUCUAUUAAAAUCUCCUCCAUUUGGCAGUGCAUUCGCAGUAUUUCAACAACCCCUCCUUGGAUUAUUGGUGUUUGGCAUCAGUUUGCUAUUCCUAAGUGUGCUUUUACCCUCUGGUUGGCUUUUAAAGAGCGCCUGCUCACCAAAGACAGAAUGAUCAAGUUCAAUAUGAAUACUGAUCUUGCUUGUAUCUUCUGUAACCGUGCAAUCGAAACUCACUCUCAUCUAUUUGGGUCCUUUGAGUUUAUGACAGACAUCCUUAAUGCUUCCGCUUUUAAUUUUACUGGAGUUUGGCAAUCAUAUCUCAAUGGACAAUUUUUCCUUGGACCAAUUCGUGGCAUUAGGAAAUAUAUUGGCCUGCUUUAUCUUGCAAUUUUUGUUUAUUUACUUUGGCAAGAAAGGAACCUUCGAAGGCAUGACCCUGGUCACAAUUCUAGUGCUGCUUCCAUCAUUUUCAAGGUUAAACUCAUGAUGAAGGAAAAGCUCCAUUCGAACAAAAAAUUUAAAUUAGCUCUGAAGAAAAAUCCAAGUCUUGUACUUGACCUGUAUUAA